AUGGCCACACAGGAGACCGCGAAGACUCUGUUCCUCACCGCGGAAGGAGUUCAAUAUGCCUACCGAAUCAUAGGAAACAGUUCCAACUCGUCUCCUCCUUUACUGCUCCUUAACCACAUUCGAGGAACCAUUGACACCUGGGAUCCGUACGUCAUCGACAACUUCACCGCACUCGGUCGCCAGGUCAUAACAUACGACUAUAGCGGCGUCGGUCACAGUUCUGGCCCAAUCGGAUCGACCAUCAAGGCUUUCGCCCUGAACCUACUCGUGUUUCUUCAAGGCAUGCUUCCGAGUCUGAACGCGACCCAAGUCGACGUGCUCGGAUUCUCCAUGGGCGGCUAUGUCGCCCAACAACUCUGUCUGGACGCUCCAGACGUUGUGCGAAAGCUUGUACUCUCCGGCACCGGUCCCAGCCUCGGUCCUGACCUACAACGGCCCAUGAACGAAGUGCAGUCUACCGUCUUCCAGCCCGUCCCUAAUCCUCUGUCUAUCGCUGAUGCCUUCUUUCCUCCAUGGACGACGGGCGACAUGGGCCUUGCGUGGCUCAACCGCAGCCUGGCGGCUCGAGCUUCCAUGGCGGGAAAGAACGGGGAACCACAAAUAGCAUCCUUUACCAGUGGCACCGAUGUCAUGACGCUGACCCAGCCGUACCUCAACUGGGAUGCCGACCUGGUCCCUUACUCUCUUCUACAGACCAUCCAAAAGGAUACGCUCGUCACCGCGGGGGAUAACGACUUGAUCGUGCCGACCCACAACUCCUUCGUCCUCUCUCGACAACUGCCUCGAGCGAAUUUCGCCAUGUUUCCCAGCAGUGGCCACGGACAUAUCUUCCAGUAUGCUCGAUACUACACCGCACUCGUCAAUGACUUCCUCAAUGGAAGGCUUCCUGUUGUGCCCUUUUCUGCCGGAGCUAUCCCGCCGCUGGUCUCGAGCAAUUCGUCCUCCAGCAUACGGAGUUGA